AUGACAACGGCCCCGUGCUGCCUCCACUUCCGGUUACGUCACUUCCGCUGCCGCCACCCGGCAUAGCUAGGCUCCCAAUGGGAGCUCCCACCAGGGGGAGCCACGCCGCGGCCCGCCCCGCUGGGGACGCUCUAUCCCGCUCAACCGCGCUUUGCAGGCUGGGGGAGGAGCAGACGAGUUCGCCGGAAGCGCGGGGCAGCUCUGGGCCGCGCUCGCUGCUCUGGGAGGAGUGACGGCAGCGGCGGCUGAGGGAAGAUGGCGGAGGCGGCGGCGGCGGCGGUGCAGCAGCACCGGUUCUUUUGCCACAGCUGCAAGGGCGAGGUCAGCCCCAAGCUGCCGGAAUACACCUGCCCUCGCUGUGAGUCUGGCUUCAUCGAGGAAGUCACUGAUGAUUCCAGUUUUUUUGACAGCAAUUCCCUGGACGACAGCCCCUCCUCUCAGUUCUCAGAGCUCUGGGACCACCUGGACCACGCCAUGUUCUUCCCGGACUUGCGGCCCCUCCUGGAGGCCGAGGGCAGGGAGGCGGAGAGGGGGCCCGCGGCUGAGCUCUGGGGUCCCGGCCGCCCCCCGCGGCUGGCCCUGCCCCGCAGGUACCGCGCCCGCGGCAGCGCCCGGCCCGAGCGCUCGCCCGCCAUCGAGGGGAUAAUCCAGCAGAUCUUCGCCGGCUUUUUCGCCAACUCGGCCGUUCCCGGCUCGCAGCACCCCUUCUCCUGGAGCGGCAUGCUGCACUCCAGCCCCGGCGAUUACGCGUGGGGACAGAGCGGCCUGGACGCCAUCGUCACGCAGCUCCUGGGGCAGCUGGAGAACACGGGGCCGCCGCCGGCGGACAAGGAGAGGAUCUCGUCGCUGCCCACGGUGCCGGUGACGCAGGAGCAAGUCGACACGGGGCUGGAAUGCCCGGUGUGCAAGGAGGAUUACACCGUGGCGGAGCAGGUCCGGCAGCUCCCCUGCAACCACGUCUUCCACAGCAGCUGCAUCGUGCCCUGGCUGGAGCUGCACGACACGUGUCCCGUCUGCAGGAAGAGCCUAAAGGGGGAAGAUUCCAGCAGGCAAAUCCCAAAUCCCGACUCUUCCGACAGCCCAGUGCAGGAGAGAUGGACUUUCUGACCUUUCUGAAAAAGUUCUGGAACCUU